AUGGGAUUCUAUGGGCCGGACAAGCCGCUCCGACACCCGGACAGAUUGUGUCCGAUGAGCUGCUCCACAAUCCGGCCCCUGCGGAGUGCAGAUUUGACCGGACCCUUGAGGCGCUUCGCGUCGAGGAAAGGGGCUGGGGUCGGCGCGGGUAGCCGCAGCGUCUCAUACGCCGUCGCCUGCCGUCGCCAGUAUUCGCCACCCUUCUCGGAUCUCAUCGAGUGGGCUCUGCCCCAUCGCUGGCGAGCGACAUGGGCGGUUUUGAGCGGUUGUGAAGCGAUGACCAUCAAUGACUUUCUUGAGACCGUGCUCGUUCGAUUGGCGAGGUCUUAG